AUGGCAGGCAAAAACGUAACCAAUCAAAUCCGACCUGCGAAAAGCCUCGUGCGAUAUCGUUUUAUAACAGAUAUUUUUCAUGUAGAAGAUUGACACAAAGACAUUUUGCACCAACAUCGAUGUAUUAGAACAUUACUUCAGAAGAGGUCUUCAGCAACCCAUGCUUUCCGCAAAAGUUUGUCCUCUGGGUGAACAAUGGAUGAGGACACAGAAGGGGACAAGAUGUCCGAGGAGGACAUGAACUGGGAGGACUUCAUGAACGUGGUCACCACCUACAGCUGCAAGUUCUGCACCUUCACCUGCACAGCUCCAUCAGACAUGGGCAGACAUGUCAAGAGGAUUCACAUGCCCAGGAAGAUCACUUCGUCUCCAACGCAAUCAGAUAGCCCUCCAGGAAUGGCUGUUGUCAAUCCAUCACUUGUAAUGGACCCGGUGACACCUUCAGAAGUGGAUGAUGCCACAGUGGAUGCAUCGGUUUGUCCAUCAGAGGCUGCUAGUGCAGAAUCAGAACUUGAGGGUGUUUCUGAAGUCACAGGAACUAUUGUGGGGGAGGUGUCCUCGGAAGGAGUCCUUACACCAUUGCAAGACCUGGAAGUAAAAGGUCCUGAGGAUGAAGAAAUAGAGGAUGGUGAUGUUGCUCCAGUGGCUCUAGCUAUUACUAGUGAGGCUAAUGGGCAAGGACGACAGUUUAUUAUAGUGGAAGAAACACCUUCUGAAGGAACUGUAGUUUUGCCUAAUGGCUUGAAUCCUGAUGCUGAAGAUGGCAGUGGCACGGUUUUAACUAUUUCAUCAAAUUCCACCACUCAAGCAUCAGUAACUUUGCCUGCUAAUGCAAUACAAACUCUAGGCCUCAGUGGGGCAGUAUAUAAUCCUAACAUUGGUCAGUACUCUGUAAUAGCAGAAUACCCUGUAGCUAAUGGUAACCAAGCAUCAGCUCCUGUAACUAAGGAGUUGUUUCUGUGUGGGCAGUGCAGUUCAGGUUUUGGCAGUAUUGAUGAGUGUCGAGAACAUAUGAUCACAGCUCACAGUGCCCUCCUAGCUGGUGGAGAAAAUGGUGAACAAGAGGCAUCAGGUCUUGUCAGUGUUGGCACUCAGGUCGCACAGAAGAAGAAGCCAGGGAGGAAGAGGAAGUCUACCCUUCCAGCUACACCCCCAAAAGCCAAAGAUCCUGAUGAGGAUGACGACGACUGGGAGCCAGGGUAUGACAUCAAUGGAGGCAGAGAGAGUCGCAAAAAGAGAAAGAUUCGACCUCCAAGAGCUCUGAAGGAAGACUACUUUCUUGGAAGGAGGAAGAAAAAGAAGAGAGAGAGAAGAACCUACACUGAGGCUUAUACACUAAAGUGCAAGCUGUUUGGCUGUCACGCAAAGUUCAAGGCACAAAGUGCUCUAGACAUGCAUGUGAAGUGUCACAAUGAUAAGGAUUUUAACUUUUCUUGUAUUGAAUGCCAGGAACAGUUCGAUCUUUGGAAGAACUUGAGGAUUCAUUUGUGGAAGAAGCAUGAGGUUGACUGUGACUUGUUUGAAUGUGAGCUGUGUGGAUCAAAGACUGACACCUAUCACAAGCUGACAAUCCACAAGGAGAUACACAGCGAAAACCGACCCUACACUUGCGAUAUAUGUGGCAAGGGGUUCAAACAGUUCAGCCAGAUGCGGAACCAUCAGGUCAUCCACACGGAACACAGGGUGAAGGAGCCGGAACGCUGGUACAGCACAAAGCAGUGUGAAGUGUGUAAGAGGGUGUUUGCCAACCGAAAAUGUCUGAAGAAACACAUGCAAGCUGUUCACAGUAAGGAGAAGCCCUAUGUGUGCCCCUACUGCGGCCACGCAGCCUCCAGGAAGGCUAUGCUGGAGCUUCAUGUCCGAACACACACCGGGGAGAAGCCUUUCAAGUGUGAUGUUUGUCCGUAUGCAACUGGUGACCACAACUCACUCCGUCGUCACAAGAUGCGGCACACAGGACAGAAGCAGUAUAAAUGCCAGUAUUGUCCCUACUCCUGUAUUCAGGCCAUCUCCCUGAAAACACACAUGAAAAACAAACAUCCAGGCCAAGAAGGCAUCUAUGCUUGUGACACUUGCAUCUUCCGAACAGUCAACAAACAGAGUUACCAACAACAUUUGCUUGACCACAAGAAUGGCCUUGUCCCUGAAGUAAAGCCGACUGCCAAGCAGGUGCUUGUCCAGAACGCUUCCGAUGUGGCUGGUCAAGCUCAUGCUGUUGUCAUAGGGGAAAGUCAGAGUCCGGAAGCUAUGGCUGUGGAGAUGCAAGUCCAGACAAUGGCCAGUGGGGAGGCCCAGAUCAGUGCUGAGGAUCUAGCCAAGCUGUCCAACUGUGAAGGCCUGGUUUCAGGGGAUGUCUCAGCAGCAUCUCUGAUCUACCAGGCCCUCAGUGCUAUUUCCCAGAACCCACAGCACACACAAGGCAAUGCCACCCAGUCGGCUCACAUUCUUGGCGGUGUACAGACUCUUAUCAAAUCGUCCUCCACAGAGCAGGGGGUGACGACCCACACCAUCACAUUCCAUGUCCCUGCUGGAGGUGGAGGAGGAGAAGGAGGAGAGGGGGCUGAAGAGGAGGGCAUGGAGGCAACGGAACAGGUUUAUUUCGAACAGCCAAUGGAGGUGAUCGAGGCGCUCCAGCGUGCCAGUAGUCAGCAGGCGGAGCUGAUCGAUGGGUCUCAGGGCAACCUCCCGACUGUCAUCACUAUGGAGGCCAGUGAGGCAGAACUGGAAGGGAUGAAUCUCAAUCUGGUUCCUGUCACCACGUCUGAGGGGACGAUCCUAGUUCAGCAACAUACGGCUUCUAUAGAGAGCUGACAACUUAUGUCCAAAUUCUGAUUACAUGUUCGAUGCUAUUUAUUACUUUCAACAUUGCACUUUCAUACAUUGUUAUAAUGCAACUAUCAAUGGUUUUCUACAGACAUCCAGAGGUGAAGUGGCGGCGGGGUUAAAGUGGUCGCUCGUCACAACGAAGGUUCGAUUCACUUCAUGGUACAAUGUGUGAAGCAUAUUUCUGGUGUCCUUCGCUGUGAUAUUGCUGGAAUAUUGCUAAAAGCAGCGUAAAACCAUUCUCACUCAUCACACUCACUCCAGAGGUGAAAUAUGUACUGGUGUGUGAUACAGACUUGUGAAGUCGAAGAUGAAAUUUUGUUUGCAUGAAGACAGAAUGUUUUUUGAUUAAUUAUCUGUAAGGAGUUUCACUUUGAUGCACUUGAAAGUGGUUCAGGUAAUUUGAAAUAAUAAAUGCAUACAGUAUAUAUA